AUGGACAGGCAGCACUCCGAAAAGCCACUCAGCCACUCCACGGCUGACAGGACCUCCUUAGCCAGGUCCCAGAACCCCAGAAUCUCCUCCUGCAUCUCCGAAUCCAUGAGGACCCAGGCAUCCAUGAAGGUACCCCAGGCUUCUGCCCACAGGAACAGACAGACGCACCCUACCACCAUCGUGCUCUGCAAGUCAUGGAGCAGCCAGGCUGCCCUGGCGCCCAGGGAGCACACGACGGUCAUGGAGGAAGCCUACAACUCAGCCAUCUGCUUCAAGAUGCUGCGGGACCUGACGGACUCCGACCCCCUCCACCUGAAGCACAUCACCAAGAAAAUCAAGCACAUGGCUCGCGGGGCCCCCAACCCGGUGCUGGAAACCAUCCACGACUACUUUGUAGACAACCCGGAGAUCUCCGUGAAGCACAAGUUCCGACUCUUCCACGUCCUGGAGGCGGUCAUCAGCUCCAGCGACGCCCUCGACGGGAGCUGGGAGAAGACCUUCAUGCAGCUGGCCCUGGAGAACAUGACCAAGUCCACGGAGCUGGAGGAGGCGUACCAGGACGCGGCCAGCAACGUGCUGCUGGCCAUCUGCCGGCACUCGUGGCGGGGGGUGGCCCGGCACCUGGAGACCGAGCUCCUGAAGGGCAUCUUCCCGCACCGCAGCCUCCUCUACGUGAUGGGCAUUCUGUCCUCCAACGACGAACUCUUAAAGGAAGGAGACAAGGCAUGCUGGGAAGAGCAGCUGGCCAAGAUGGCCAUCAAGUCGGUCCAGUUUCUGGACAGAGAAGCGUGGUCCAAGGAUCUGCUGGAGGCGCUCACCAAGCCUGACCGGACACAUCAGGAGCAGCCCCCGGAGAAGGCCUUCCUGUUCAUCUUCUAUGGGCUGGUCCUGCAAGCCGAGGAGAGCAGCACCACGGUCAGGACACACCUGAGGACCCUCCUGGAGACGUCCCACCAGUGGCCCAGGCAGAGGGAGGGCAUGGCCCUCACUGUGGGACUGGCCGCAGCCCGCCACCUGGACCAGGUCUGGGCCGUCCUGGAGCAGUUUGGCCAGAGCACGCCCAUCAGGUGGAGCCUGCACAGCUUCUCCCCGAAGCAUCCCGAGGACCUGCGGUGGAAGUGGGCCAGCAGCACCCUCCUCCUCGCCUACGGCCAGAUGGCAGACAAGGCCAGCGCCCACGUCCUGCCCUGGGUGGACAGCACCCUGUCCCGGCUGGUCUUCUACUUCCACUACAGCACCUGGGACGAGACCCUGAAGCAGAGUUUCCUCACGGCCGCCCUCAUGCUGGUGCGGGCCAUCGGCCGCAACGCGGGCGCCCAGAGCUACGAGUUCUCCCAGGUCCCUGAGCUCCUGGAGUGUCUGAUGCUUCUGAUGGAGAAGGAGCCCCAGGACUCGCUGUGCACGUCCGCUCGCCAGCAGAGCCUCCAGAUCAUCUCCAGCCUCUGUAAGCUGAGGCCGCCCCUGGACUUGGAGAGGAAAUCUCGGCUUCUGUCCAUCAGCCUCCACAGUGUGCUGUCCCUGCCACUGAUGGAAGUUCUGGAAAAACACACCUGCCUCUUUCUGGAGCCGCCCAACAUACAGCUUUGCCUGCUGCUCUCGGCUCGGGAGGGGGCAGGCUGGACGGGCAGAGGGCCUUGAUACCACCCCACCCCCCUCCUCCAUCCCACCCGGGCUCGGCGGCCACCUGACCUGCUCCACGUCCCUGCACAGACCCUCUAUAACAAAACCUUGGAGGCCCUGGACCAGACGCUGCAGAGCUUCAUCAUGCAGAACCCCACGGCCGACGAGCUGCACUUCCUGCUGUCGCAUCUGUACGUCUGGCUGGCAUCCGAGAAGGCACACGAGCGGCAGCGGGCUGUACACCUAUGCAUGAGCCUCCUCAAAUUCCUGAGCCACAGCCUCUACCUGGACCCAAAAGAGGACCUCAAAAGGAUGGGGCAGCUGGUGGGCAUGCUGGGGAUUCUGUGCCAGGACCCGGACAAGGCCACUCAGGGCUCCAGCCUGGAAACGGUGGGCCAUCUCUACCAGCUCCUGCUGCGCCAGAGAGCAGGGGGAGCUUCACAAGUGCGAGCCCCGGCCCCCAAGCACCUGUCCCAGGCCAGUGAGGACGGAGCCCCCUUCUGGAGCAGCGGGGACCAGAAAGCCAUUCGCUACAGCCCCCAGGAGAUGGAGCUUCCAAAGGAGGGCACCUUCCAGCCCAGCAGCUCCCAAGUCUUCAAGGACGUCACGAAGCAACUCACGAUGGCAGAGCUGGCCGACCUCAUCUGGACAGCCAUCAACGGCCUGGGCUCCUCCAGCCCCUUCCGCGUGCAGGCGGCCGCCGACAUGCUGCUGGCUGUCAUCCAGGAGCAUGGGGCCAGGCUGGAGACUGUUGCCAACCUGAGCCGGGCCAUCCACCUGCAGCUCUGCUCCGUCCGCAUCCCCCAAGCCAAGCAGAAUGCCCUGCAGGCCAUCACCCUGCUGGCCCGGAACCACACCCCCGAGCUGGUGGCCGCCUUCCUGGACUUCUCCAUACCUCUGGACAGCCACGCCUCCCUGCUGUGGAAGGCCCUGGGGGCCGAGCAGCCCUCCAGCCGCCUGGUGCUGGCCAUGCUGCUGGCCUGGCUGCAGGAGCGGCCCCUGCCCACCAGACCCAGCGACAGCCGCCCCCAGCCCAAGGAGAAGGGCCACCUGCCCUCCAUGGCCGCCAUGAACGUGCUGCACGAGCUGCUGUUCGCCCAAGAGUUCAAGAAGGCCAUGCGGGAGGCCUUCCCCGAGCUCCUCCUGGUCCUCCUCACCCAGAUGCACUACAUCCUGGAGCUGACCCUGCCCGAGGAGCCACAGCCCAGCCAGGAGGCCCCGGGGGCGGCCAUGCCCCGUGCCCAGAGCUCCAGCCCUGGACAGCCAGCUGUGGACACAGCUAUUGCCUCCAGAGGCACCACCCUCCAGAUGUGUCUAGAGCGUCCCCUGGGCCCGCCCCCUCAGGAAGUGCCUCAGCUCUCCAGCAGCACCCUGGGGACGGGAGCCAGAAGGCACCUUUCCAGGGAGGGUGGCGGGCCCCCUCCCCGGGCAGGGCUGGCCGGUGACCCCCCGCUCUGCCGCAGCCUGGCGCUGGAGGCGCUGAAGAGCCUGCUGUCCAGCACCGGGCACUGGCAGGACCUGGCCCUCCUGGAGCUGCAGGGCACCUGGGAGCUCUUCGCCACCAUCCACACCUACCCGCAGGGCGUGGGCCUUCUCGCCAGAGCCCUGGUGCAGAACCGCUGUGGGCAAGUCAAGGCGGUGACCACCCAGCUGCUGCCCAGGCUGCAGAGGCAGGAGGAGCGGGAGAGGAAGGCGGCCGUCGUCAUCCUCACGGAGUUCCUCUACAGCCCUGCCCUGCUGGAAGUGCUCCCCAAAGAGGCAGCCCUGACGGUGCUGGCCCAAAGCCUCAGGGACCCCUGCGCCGAGGUCCGCGUGCUGAGCCUGCAGGGCCUGGGAAACAUCCUCUUCCACCCGGAGAAGGGAAGCCUGCUCCGCAGCCAGCUGCCGCCCUUCCUUGACGGCUUCUUCCAGAGUAGCGAGCCGGUGGUUGUGCGUCUCAUGGGCACCGUGUCGGACGUGCUGCACCACCUGGGCACACACGGCCCGGGGGCCCAGAGCCUCGCCGUCGCCACCAAUGCCCGCGCCUUCUUCGACGAUGAGCGGGACAGGAUCCGGGCAGCAGCCAUGGCACUGUUUGGGGACUUGGUGGCGGCGAUGGCCGGCAGAGCGCUCAGUGGCCUGCGAACCCAGGUGCACCAGAGCAUGGUACCCCUGCUCCUGCACCUCAAGGACAGCUGUCCAGCCGUCGUCACGCAGGCCAAGCUCACCUUCUACCGCUGCUCCGUGCUGCUCCGAUGGCGCCUGCGGCACACCCUCUUCUGCGCACUGGCCUGGGAGCGCGGCCUCAGCGCCCACCACUUCCUCUGGACCUGCCUGAUGAGCCACAGCCAGGAGGAGUUCAGCAUCCACCUGGCGCAGGCCCUCAGCUACCUGCACAGCGGCCACCACCGCAUCAAGACCUGGGCGGUGCUCUUCAUAGAUUAUACCAUCUGCUACCACCCCCGGGCCGUGUCCCAAAUGGUCAAUGACACGGACACAAAACUGCUGCUGUACACUUUUGAAGAUCUCAAAAAUGACCCAGAGCCCGGCAUCCGCGAAUUCGCCACCAGGCAGUCCUCCUUCCUUGGGGAGGUGGCAGCCAGACGGCAGUGACCCCAGUCGUCCUCCCCUCGCCCUCCUCCUCCCCACCCCAGGCCCUCCGCGCCAGGCAGCCCGGCCCUGCCCGCAGAGCUUGGUUGCACAACACUUUUCCACUAGAAAGAAAGAUCUAGAUUCAACAAAGAAGCGUCCCCUGUACGCUCCCUGCCCACCAUCCACGGGCCCUCCAGGAAGGCUGCAGCCCCAGAGACAAACUGUGAAGUCUGUGCAGGGCCCGGAAAGGACAGCUCAGCUCCCCUCGUGGGGAUCAGGUGGGGUCCCCUCCAGCGGAGCACGAGCCCCAGCCCGCCAGGGCCCUGGGUGCUGAGAGGGCCACUCACCAAGGAGCCCCUGCGGUCAUCAGCUUGUCUCAGCUUAGAGCUCCACUGUCGCUGAGGGGCUGACAGUUGGGGGGGGGGGUCCUGGGCUGGUCUCCCUCCACCUCCAUCUCUAGCCUGAGCCCAGUCAGGGCUGGCACCCAGGCCUGGCAGCAGAACCAGCCGGCGCCCAGAAUCAGACCUCCCGGUGGCCUGGCCUGCCCUGGACAAGCUGUGUGGCUUGAGGCGGGGUCUCAGCUCUCUGAGCCUCGACUGUCCCACCUGUAAAAUGGAUAGUAAGACCUUCUUCCAAGACCCCUCGGAAGGCUGAGUCCAGGAGUAAACUGACCCCGAACUCCCAGGGAGCCCCCGGAGCCCCUCGUGACCUUCACCAGGGCCCUCCCCUCCCAGCCUUGGUUUGCCCACUUGCAAAAUAGGCAGGUUGGCCCCCCCUUACUGUGCAUCCAGGGAGUAUCCUGAGACCCUGCCGACCGGGGUCCCCUCCAGGGCUCCAGCCCAGCCACCCCCUGCCUUUUCUCGCUUGCGCCUCCCUGGCCUACCCUGCUGCACUCAGCCCCCCUACCACCACCGCCCUGGGAGCCCCUCGGGGCAGGGAUGGGGCCGCUCCGGAGGCCCCAGAAUUUGGAUGGCGGGUUGAAAGAAUACAGCAACUUCACAACCUCA